UGCCGUCAGUUCAAAAUGCAAGCCCAAGUGAUUACAUUAGCUUUUUUCGUUGUUAUUAUUACUUUCACAAGUUGCUAUGGCAGUUCUUCACGCUCGGCCGAGUUGAAGGAAAUCUGGGCUCGAGAAUACAAUGACACGUUGGCAGGAAAGUGCACGAAAAGAGUUCCUGCAAAUCCAAACAACGAUGGGAGUCCUUCCGAUUCGGCGACCGUUCUGAUUGAAGUAUGCUGCAAAGGGUACAAACCUUACGAAUACGAUACCAAAAAAUGCAUACCUGACUGUCCUUAUGGCUGUGAAAACGGAUUCUGCGUGUCUCCCAAUGUUUGCAACUGUUUUGACGAUCAUAUUCGAAGUCAUGAUGACCAAUGUGUGCCCACGUGCCCAAUAUCAUGCCUGAAUGGAGUGUGUGAUUCCAACGGCAUGUGCACUUGUCAUCCGCGCCAUAUUUUGGAUCCCUUCAGGAAAUUUUGUCUCCCAAUUUGUCAUGGAAGCUGUGGUCUCAAUAGGUAUUGCUCCUCACCUGGACGAUGCUCCUGUAUUCGUGGAUUUAAAGAAAACCUUGAAACGGGAGAAUGCGACCCCAUCUGCCCGCUUAAUUGUUUGAAUGGUCGCUGUAUUAGUCCUGGUAUUUGUGCUUGUAAUCCAGGUUAUCGCCUCCAAGAUGAUGUUUGUCAAGCGAACUGUACCAGUUGUGAAAACGGUAAAUGCGUUAUCAACGAGGUUUGCAGCUGCGACCCGGGUUACACCUGGGACCUGAAAAGAAACAAAUGCAUUCCAGUAUGUACUCGUUGCUUGAAUGGAUUUUGCAUUGCACCUGGUGUCUGCAAAUGUCAUGAAGGAUACGAAAGGAUUGGUGAGUCAUGCCAGCCGAUUUGUGACGGUGGAUGUACAAACGGAUACUGCGUGGCACCAAAUACUUGCAACUGCAAAGGAGGAUACGGAAGGAAUAUCUUUGGAAAAUGUAAAAGGCUUAGAUGCCACAUAGCUGAUGAUACGAAAAGUAUCUGUGGAAUUAAGCACUUAGGAUGUUUUGUUGAAACAAACAAGAAUUUCGGUGGAAAUCCGAUUAUUAUUAACAAAAUUUCGAGUCCAAUAAUUACCCCCAAAGAGACAAAAUGUCAGUACCACAUCGAAUUGAAGAUCGGAUAUAUUCAAGAACUAGUCGCCAGCAUGAGAGUGUUAAUAACGUUAGUCGUCGCUGCUGUGUUCAUGCCCGGAAUUCUCACUCAAUUGGGAGUGAAAACUCGUUAUCCUGCUUCUGGGAACCUGGUCACAAAUGUUACUCACGGUACGUCAGGAAUAUCCGGGGAGGCUGGACACUACGCCUACACCAGCAACGGAACGCUUUUGUUUAUCAACAGAACAUUAAGCUCCAUUCCUUCUGGAUUUUGUGUGAAAGAAGUUCCCACUGCAUCACUGGUGAAGGAUGCGUCUGUAGUUCCAGCCGGUAACGGAUCAAAUCCAUCCCUGAGUCGUAUUAAGGUAUGUUGCGAAGGCUAUGAACGGAAUCCCCACAAUUUCGCCAAAUGUGACCCCGUGUGCAAGAAUGAAUGCGUCAAUGGCUUGUGCGUAGCUCCCAACGUUUGCCGGUGCUUCCCGGACCAUGUGCUGAACUUGGGCGGUUUCUGCAUUCCGACUUGCCCCAUUGGAUGCGGUAAUGGAGAAUGUCAACCAGAUCGCAGUUGUAAGUGUAAACCAGGCUACGUUCUGGAGCCAAUGAGGAAGUUCUGUGUGCCAAAAUGUGAACCUGGAUGCCAGUUUGGAAACUGUACGGAGCCGAACACUUGUCAAUGCAUCAAUGGAUACGAACGAGCUGCAGAUGGUUCCUGCAAACCAAAAUGUGAUAAUUGUGAAAAUGGAAAGUGCACGGCUCCCGGAGUUUGCACUUGCUUGCCCGGUUACACCAGACAAGCUGAUAGGUGUUUGCCGGUCUGCGAAAGGGGCUGCAAGAGUGGUCUUUGCAUUGCACCAAAUGUUUGCUCUUGUGAGCGUGGCUACACACUAGACAAGACGGGAACAUCAUGCACCCCGCACUGUAAUCAACCUUGUUUGAAUGGAGUCUGCAAUGGACCAAAUUCAUGCAAAUGUAAUCCAGGAUAUGUACAGGAUGAGUUCAAUCCGUCACUGUGCAAACCACAUUGUGCAGGCGGAUGUCCGAAUGGGGUUUGCUCAGGACCCAAUUUCUGCAUUUGUAACGCCGGCUUUGUCAAAGAUCGUGGCAUUAAAGGACGACAAGUUUGCGUGCCAAGCCAUUAAGAAGAAUAUGAGUUUAAGAAGCUAACUUUUUAUAAAAAAUAUUUUUCAACGACACAUAUAGUACAGAAAGUGAUUAAUUGUGAGUUAAAUUUGUGAGAUGUAAGUUGAUGUCUGUCUAGAAAUAAAAGGCCCCGUUCCUGUUUGAGUAAAUUUCAUACCUUAAUUAUCGCCCAAGGAAUACAACUUUUCGCCAGAUAUGCCUUUAUACUAAAAUUAUUUAUUAUAUUUACGUUGUUCGCGCCCAUAAUCAUGACCAGGGGUUCCCAACAUAUCAUCAAUAUUUGUGUUUUGCUUGAGUUGAUAACCCCUUAGUUUGGGCUAAUUCAAUUUACAUAUCAAGGGAUAUGUAAUUUGAAUUCAGGUAAUUAAUAACAAUUUCAAAGCAAAACUGUUAAUGAUAAAAAUAAACGAAUUUCACGGGA